AUGAAACUUCAGCUCGCCUCCACGGCGCUUCUCUCGUCCGCCACCCUGCUGCUUCUCUCCAUCGGCCCCUUAUGCACGGCUGCGGACGCCAGCGAGGCCGAGAACAUCAAGGUUGAAUCUGCCGCGAAUCAAAAUGGGCCUGACGUCGCCUCCGACCUGUCUGGCACCCUGAGCUCUCCUAUUGAGGUGGUCCACGAAGUUGUUGUCACUCUGGAGCAGUUCGCCGGAGAGCCCAACACGCCUCGCCAUGUAGAGGCCAAGAAGAAGCUGAUGGGCAACAUGGCCCGGGAUGCUGGUACCUGGAACAAGAAUCAUCCCCGACAUCGCCUUCUCGAUGCUCUUUACGGAUUCAGCAAGUACCAUGAGCGUCAGAAGGUUGAGCUUGAUCGGUUCGAAGGCUUUUACAAGCAUGUCACCAAGGCUCAGCGAGCUUUACUUGAAAAAGAACUUCAGUACUCCAAGAAGUUUGCCCGCUUUGAUACUCUCCUCACCAAGAACCAGGACCUUUGCAACCGUAUUGUCCAGAAUGCCAUGGGGUAUUACGAAAUCAGCCAGGACGAGUUCCAGAAGCAUGCCAAAGAAAUUGAGGCUUCCGGAAAGACUGCCGACCGGAUCUCUGUCUCUCAGGCUCUGAAGCAUUAUGUCCGUGACUGGACUGAGGAGGGUGCUUCCGAGAGGAAUGGGCCCUUUUCUUGUCUGAUCAAGACCCUGGAAGGUUUCUUCCCUGAGCGAGAUGGAGCUGCUCCUAUCAAGGCAUUGGUUCCAGGAUCUGGUCUUGGCAGGCUGGGCCAUGAUAUUGCUAGACUCGGAGGCUUCGAAGUGACCAUGAACGAGUGGUCCAUGUACAUGAACCUCGCCUAUCGCCUCGUCGAAGCCAACAGAGCCCGCAACUCCAUGUCCUGGCACCCUUUUGUCGAGGGCUGGUCACACCAUGUUUCCGAAGCAGACAUGACACGGGAACUUCUCUUCCCCGAUGUUGGCGUCAACGCUAGCUCUGUGGUCCUCGUCGAGGGUGACUUUACCACCGCUUUUAUUGGCAAGAGGGGCAAGUUCGACGUCCUUGUCACAUACUUUUUCAUCGAUACGGCCCGAAACCUCAUGAGUUACCUCGACACAAUCAAGAGGGUGCUCAAGCCUGGCGGUCACUGGAUCAACCUUGGUCCUCUCCUCUACGGAUCUGGCCCAUACGUGCAGCUGUCACUGGACGAGGUGCUAAGGAUAACUGAGGUCAUGGGCUUUGAGUACCUCGACACGGAGGAGUCUUGCGGACCUCUGACAUUGCCAGAGAGAAAGGUCAGGAGCAUGGAGGCUGUCUACGGAUUCAACAACAAGGCCUUGACCAAGAGCGCGUACAAUGCGCAGUUUUGGGUUGCCAAGAGGUCUAUGAAGGACUAA